AUGAAGGAGAGCUGUUCCUACCUCAAUGAGCCCACAGUGCCUCAGGUCAUCAGAGCAGAGAUGCCACCUACAGAUGAGGGAGGGAUGGAUAUAACUGUGGACAUUAUCUCCCAGGUUAUCCACAAUUGUGAGACAUGCACUGCAAUCAAGCAGGCUAAGAGGGUAAAGCCUCUAUGGGUAAAGCCUACUACAUUACACUGCCGCAGACCCGCCAAGGAUGCCAAGCAAUUGCAAUUCUGCAUGAAUUUCAGAUAUAUUACUGUUUUGCUAACAGAAGAAGAAGCUACAGAAAUAGUUCAAAAUGGCCUGCGUGGGAAAAAAGAAAUGAAACAGCAAAUAGUGAAGUAUGGAUAUCUGUCUUACACAAGGUCCUGUUCCUGGCUGGGCUAUUCAGACCAGCAGUUAAAACCGAUGCUGAAUGCAAAGCAAAAAUGGGAAGUAAAGGAAGCAAUAGAGUGGGUCACUAAACCAGCUGAGUGUGAACCCUCAUGGACUAAGAAGCCAACUUUUCCAGAUGAGGAUAUGCAUUUCCAAAUGGGAUAUGCAACCAUUUCAAAGCUUGAAAAUUUAAUAUUUUAUUUCAAUAAUACUGCAGUGACUCCAGUCUUAACUUUUCAUUUUUUUCCUUUACACUGCCACAACAGAGUGAUAUUUAAACAGCUUCUACAAGCCAAGGCCUUGAGUUAUCUCCAAACUGACAGCUGCAGUCUGGGAAGAGUGAAUGAAAACUUGUCUGUGCUGCUGAUGGCCAAACGGUUCCAAAGUAAGGCUCUUCAAAAUGCAGCAGCAAUGAGAAAAUCUUCCUCUCCCCACCCUUCAAGCCACUCUGAUUAGUUUCUUCAGCUAUCAUGCCUGUGAUUUAUGAGCAUAAGCUUGCAUGCACUGCUGUAAAAUUCUUUGUUUCAUGUCAUGCUGUGGGGCUGACCAAAGGGCUUUGGAUGUCUUGGUAUGGCACUGUCAUGUCUAGUAUGGACACACCUAAGUAUUUAAAAGGCUUGAAAACAGGUUA